AUGAGUAAGUUAUAUGAUACCAUCGAACCAGCCGUCAUUGACGAGCAAAUGCUAAAACAAUGCGUGGAAGAGCAAGGUCCAAAGGAUGAAGCUGGACGUAUUGCAAAUCAAGAAGGGAUUGACUUUAACGAAGUGUUACAUCUACGAUUGGAUUUCAAGAAUAUACUGAAAAUUGAUAAUUUAUGGAGUUUUACUAACCUGGUCAGGCUUCAACUGGAUAACAACAUUAUCGAAAAAAUUGAAGGCCUUAACACUUUAGUAAAUCUAAAAUGGCUAGAUCUUUCCUUCAAUAAUAUCGAAAUUAUUGAGGGCUUGGAUAAACUCACUCAAUUAACUGAUUUAACCUUAUUCAGUAAUCGAAUCGCACGUAUUGAAAAUAUGGAUGCAUUGAAGGAAUUGCAAGUUGUCUCAUUUGGAAAUAAUCUAUUAAAAUCAUUAGAGAACAUUGCAUACCUACGGCGCUUUAAGAAUUUGCGUACUAUCAAUCUGAGUGGUAACCCAUUCUCGGAAGACGACAAUUAUAAAAGCUACAUUAUUGCUCACUUGCCCUCAGUAAUUUACCUGGAUUAUAGAUUAGUGGAUGAAUCACUAAGACACCAAGCACGGGAUCAAUAUGAAUUCUCUAUCGUAGAAUUGGAGCAAGAAGAAAGAGAGCUAGAAAAUAAAAUGAUUAAGGAAAAGGCUAUUGAGGAAAGACUACAAAAGGAAAAGAGAGCGUACGUAGAGUACUUGGAUGGUCCGGAAUUAUUUGAUCAGAUGGUAGCUGAUGAUCCUGAAGCCAGCAAAUUAAGUUAUCUCCCUGGCUUAGCGGAUAAAUUUGUGGAAUUAUGUAAAGAAAUCUUUCAGUUUGGGUUAAAAGAACACAAUAAACGUGAAGAAGAAUGUAACCACUUCUUUAGUGCACUAAAUGAUGCUAAAAACGAAAAUAGAUGCAUAGGAAUAGAUGCUAUUAAUAUUUUUGAAGAAUUUAAGAAAGCGACUUUCGAUGAUAUUAUGCUUACGAGGGACGUACAAGUUGUAGAAGCUAAAUUGCAAGAAUUAAGUGAUAAAGUACAAUCUCUGUGGAAUGAUUUAAUGGGACUGGAAAUGCAACUUGUUGAUCAGUUGGAGGAUACAAUAAAAGAAUUUGAAAGAAACAUGGCUGAAAUGGUGGCAGCAUUUAUAGAACAUAUUCAAGCUCUAUUUGCUCAAUGUCGUGAUAUUGAGAAUCAGCACUUUGAAAGAGCAACAGAAAUCGCAUUAGAAACGCUAGAGAAAUUAGUAAAAAAUGAAUUGGAAGAAGAAUUACCCGAUGACUUAAGAGUGUUAUUUGUGGAUAAAGAUACAAUUACUAAUGCAGUAACUGCCUCACACGAUGCACAUCUUGUUAAAAUUGACAAUAAGGAAGAUGAUAUGGUUACGCGUGUUAAUAAUUGGAUGCGAAAUAUGACUGAUCAAGUUCAUGAAGACGAAGUUAAGCGCAAUCGUUCACGAGUUUUAGAAGUGACACAUCUUAUUGAUCACUAUCGUGAUGAAAUUGAUAGUAUUGAGUCACAAAUGUAA